GACCCCUCACCAGACCUCAGCCCUGUCGUAAUAGCACAGCGACGAAUUGGAACCGAGCAGCCACCAUGUUCGGAGGUCCUGUAAGCCCACAGCCUCUCUUAAAAGCGAUAUGCCGCCAGUCUUCCGCGCCAACGUGUGUUCCAACGUUGCUUGUACUUCCCACCCCGUCUUCCUUGAAUUUUCUUCUCCUUCUCCACUCCUACCCAUGGCGCUUGUUAUCUCGAGCUGCAACCAGCCCACAUGUUCUCCUGCGUCAACCAGUCCUCCUCCCCCGCCCUACAAGCCGCGCUGUCCCCGCCCCCAAGAUCCUCCCCCAUAUUCGAAGAAGCCAAGUGCUCUCAAGCCCAAGUCACAGCCCAAAACGGUCUCAAAGUCAAAACCAAUCCAUCAUCAUAAAAGAAGCACCAAAGAUGUGCCCAUUUUUCAGAAUCCGUGUCCAUUGUGCUUUUUCGAAUAUCUGCGCAACGCGCUAAAUUCAUGGGUCAAAUCACAGAGAAAGCCAUAUUCGGCCGUGACCGUGCAGAUCGAUCGCCUUACCAGCGAGCAGUAUGAAGAGAACGAUUUGGGUGGCAUCGUGGACCUGAUCGAGGUCAUUCGAAUCCAGGAAUCUGGGCCGACUGAAGCCGCUCGUGCCAUACGUAAGAAGCUCAAAUAUGGGAGCGUGCAUCGUCAAAUCCGUGCUCUGACUAUUUUGGAUGGCCUAAUCCAGAACGCGGGAAGCAGGUUCCAACGAGCUUUUGCCGACGAGCCUCUUCUCGAGCGCCUUCGUCUUCUCGCAAAGGAUGACAUGGUGGAUUCCGAGGUUCGGAAAAAGGUCAAUGUUCUUUUCCGUCAGUGGGCUGUAGCGUACAAAAGUACCCCAGGACUAGAAAGAAUAGCUGCACUGUACAAGCAGCUUCCUCGCACUAAGCGACCCCAGCCACAACAAUCGAAGGUCUUGCGCGAGAACGAAGCCGAAGCUGAACAUGAUGAGCCUACAGGUCCACCGUCGCCAACGAAGUUUCGGAGGACCUCGUCGCCCCCAACCCCCUCGCACACGCACACCCCAUCAGCAUCAGCAUCAGUUUCACGCCCCGUCGCUCUCGGGUCAGUGCCCCUGCCUAGCUCUUCAAUAUUCAAGAAGGACAAAAAGGGCAAAAACAAGCCAUUCAACUUGGAGAAAGAGAAGCCCCAGCUCCUCGAAACGAUCGCACAGGCAUCGGUCGCUAGCACCAAUCUACUCAACGGCCUCCAACUCAUCAACCGCGAGGAACAGCAGGUUAGCACCAAUCCCGAGGUCAUGUCUCGUUUCGAAACUUGCAAGGUCUUACGUCGCCGAAUUCUGCGAUACAUCCAGCUAGUGGAGUCGGAUCAAUGGAUCGGCAGUCUUCUCAGCGCCAACGAUGAGCUAGUCAAGGCUUUGAUGGCUUUCGAGAUCAUGGACAAGAGCAUCGAGGAUGACAGCGAUAGCGAGAACGAAGGGCCGUAUGAAGAAAUGCCAGGCUCGCCUACCAAGGGUCGUGCAAAUUCGCGUGCUGCCGAGACGGCAUUUGCUGGUCUCAGUUUGAAUGAAGCUGCGCCUGCCAAGCCCCUUAGGCCGACUAGUAUUCCGAUGCCUGCUCCGCCUCCAUAUUCGAGCGGCAAGCAGACGGCUCAGAGUGAUAGUGAGCCGGAAGAGGAGGACUUUGACGAAGACAAUCCGUUCAGCGAUUCUAAUGCCGUCAAAACGCCUCAUGUUGAGAAGACUGGCAUGCAUUGGCGUGGUCUUUAAUGGAAUCGAGGCUUUGAUAGGGAACGGUUGGGAAAGGGGCGUUGGUUAGUACUAUGGGUCGCAUUCUCACACUUAUGCCUUGCAUGAUUUGCACUUGAAUACCCCAGUUUGUGCACGUGGUAGUUGGAGUUUGGAUGGUGGUUGAUGGGUCCUCACAUAUGCAGGAUAGAUUUCUUGCCACCACUGUCUCUUGCUGUUUAGGAUUUUUUCGCGUAAUCUUGGAUAGUCGAAAUCCUCUUCGGAGAGUCCCGCAAGCAGAGGUAUUUGCAUUCUGGAAUAUGAUUGGUUUGUGGAAUAUAAUUGGUUUGCCUUCUUG